AUGAGGGUUUCAGCAGCAUUCAUGGAUCUCCCCGCCCCCGAUAUCAACCCGGGGCGCCCCCAGAACGUCCAUGAGGGCAACAUAUUUGACCAUGAGGGCAUCUCUGAAGGGAUACAACCACUAUCAUCCCACCUAGAGCCUGUGGCUGACAAUAUACCCUGGGAAAGUUGGGAAUCACCAGCAGUGCCUCAGGAAGAGGCAGGUUGGACAACAACCGGGGCUACGGAAACGGGUCAUCAAAAUGCCAGCACUACCCUGGCUUCGAAUCGAACUCGAUCUGGCCGUCAUAUUACCCAGCCAGCUGCUAGACAAGCUGAGCCUGUGGUAAUAAAAGGGCGGCCUGUCAAAGCGGCAGCAAAAAAGCGGAAGCGUUUGAAUCGCCAGGUGAAUAUAGUUUGCACCGGCUGCUAUCGAGGACACAGCCCCUCGAACAAUCUAAUUGUUCUAUGUGACUCAUGUGAUGCUCCAUGGCACCAGAAAUGUCACAAUCCGAACAUCGAUAAUGAGGUUAUCGAAAUACCGGAGAUGAAUUGGUUUUGCAUCAAGUGUAAGCCCGAGCAACGUCAGACAGCCCAGACCAAAUCUCAAAAGAAGACUGCAACGAAAGUGAAAAAAGUUGGACGACCGAAGAAGCAGCCUGUGCCUGAAUCUCAAGUUGGUGGAAAAUAUUAUUCAGAACAAGAACGACGGGCGUAUCUGUCAUCUCUUUCGCAUAAUUCCCUAGUUCAGCUUAUAGUGAAAGUCUCAAACGAGUGGCCGUCGGUUCCUAUCUUCCCCCCCGACAUACAACCCGUGACUGAUUUCACUCCCUCACUCUUUCCGCCACACAAUCAUCGGGCUUCGAAACCGACACCAAAGAAAAACUCUCGAUCUGCAUUACUUGAUUGGGAAAAUUUGGAAACCCGGUCUGAGAACGCUAACGCCAUGGAUUCAAACCAACGGAUUGGCAAGUCUUCUGAUACUACAGCUCCUGAAGCUACUGCUCUGGAUGCCGAUCAAAUAUUUGCUGCAAUGGUCUACGAUGCUGCUCCCGACCCUGCUCCCCCAGCGGCUCUUGGUGGCAUGACUGGAGACCAGAUUUUCGCCGGAAUUUCUCACACGCAUCCUUCCACAACUGCCCCCCAGGGUUCUACCAAAACGACUUUGCAGACCCCUUCGAGGGCCGCGCGCAAAUUUGUAUCCCAAGCUGCGCCUGCAGCUGUACGUGCUCGCAAGGCCUCUUUCGUUUCCUCGAACUCUGACCUACUCACCGACGACGAGUCAUCGUACUCCCAAUCUCGACUACAGUCUCCCGCUCUGUCUGUGUCUCAGUCUUCACACGUUGGAUCUCAGCAUGAAUCGGAUUAUGACCCUGGAGAUUACCGCGCUUACCCUGAAGCUGGUCAGGGCUUCCAGGUGCCGUCGACCCCAAGCGAUCUCGACAUCAUGGCCGAGGAUAAUAAUUGCCUUACCUUCAGUCAUUCUAUCCGAGGCUCAGCUAAGGAGGCUCGGAAUAAGAAGCCUUAUUCGCCGCUGGGUCAGCGCAAGCAGUGGUGA